ACAUCUCGAUAGUUUAAGUUUACAUACUUCAUCAUUAUGGGCGGUCACCACGCUAAUCAGUUUGAUUUCAUUAUCGUCGGAGGGGGCUGCAUAGCGGCGUCUACUGUGUACGCCAUCAAAAAGAGAUGGCCAGAUGCACGAGUCUCGUGGCAUACCGGUGUUCACGUACACACUGCCUCGAACGAUUUCCUUAAGAUCAUCCGCGACGCGUAUCCGGACAAUACAAUGGCGGAGUGGGCCAAUCGAGCUAUGCAACUAUGGGCCUCAGAUGACUUACUUUCGAAGUACUUUCAUAGGACAGCGUGGAUUCAAGCAAUCGACAAGAAGACAACAAAGACAAUGAGCAAGGGAGAAAAAGACACGGCAGUAACGGCGAAAGAAAUGAUGGAGCAAGUAGGAUCAACUAUAGAGCCUUCUUUAGCUGUUACAGAGGAGCUAUAUCUAAAUCCCAAUGUUGGCUAUGCUGAUUCGGAUGUCGCUGUGCAAGCCAUCUCCGACAGAGCUGUAGAGCUCGGCGUGCAGCGGCACAGGAAUAAUGUGACAAAACUUAUCAUCGAAGCAGGGAAGUGCGUUGGAGUUCAAGUUGGAGACGCCGUGGUGCGAGGAAAAACCACAAUAGUUUCCACAGGCGCGUGGACACCGGAGAUACUGGAGAAAUCGAAAAUUCCCGUCCCCCCAGGAUUCUUCCAAGUUACCGCUGUUGGUGUGGCGGUCCUUGAGCUGUCCGAGUCAGAGUACAACUCACUGAAAUCAAUGCCUAUUCUGGUUACUAAAGAUGGAGAAGUCAUGUUAUCGAAGUUGCACCAAGUUCUGAAAAUGACAACAACGGAUACUUUUAGAAUUGCUUCUCCAGACGACUUGAGUGACGAAGUUGACAUAACCCCCAACCGGAAAGUGCUGGAGAAGAUGCUCCCUCAGUUCCGAGGCAGAGAGUUGAAACGCUUCUGCUGCCCUGACCUUAUUACUCCCAAGCAAUACCCUAUCAUAGAUCGCGUUGAUGGCAUAUCAAACCUUAUCCUUGCAACAGGAGGUUCAUACCAUUCAUACAAGUUCCUUACGAAUAUUGGAGAUAUUGUUGUCCUGCGCAUUUGUGGAGAGGAGAGUAAUGAUCCUCUGGAGCGUACGAUUCAAGCGCGUUGUAGAUGGGAAAGAUCUGAUGAUACCACAUCAGUACAUCCCAACAUAGUUCCAAACUUAUGAACUACCUUAUUAGGUAACGCAUAUCGGUUUUCCGUUCAUCUUAGAAUCUAUCAUAUUCGCCUGUUCCUCCCA